GUAUUUGCCAUUUGUACAGAUAACGAGAACAAAAUGAAAAAGAUGAAAGAAAUUCUUAAAGAGGAAUAUCCAUUGCUACUUACAUAUGGAUGCUCAGCUCAUUACUUAAAUUUAGUUGAGAAGCAGGUGACACCAAGUUUUCUGGCACAUUUAAUUGAAGUUAACAAGUACUUCCGUAAUCAUCACCAACCACGUGGAUGGCUUUUGGAUGAUAGGAAUGGAGUUAUGCCGCAACUUCCUAAUGAUACACGAUGGAACUCUCAAGUAGACUGUUUAAAGACUUAUAUUAAAAAUUAUAGCCACUAUCUUGAUAUUAUAGAGAAGCAUGAAGGUGAUAUUAAACAUAAUAUCAAGAAAAUUAUAGAUAAUGCUGCAAUUUUCAGGGAAGCUAAAAAUCUUCAAAUUCAACUGGAGAAAUGUGAGAUAGCUUUAGAUAAGGUAGAUAUGUAAAUUGACGUUAUUAGUCAUUAAAAUAUUGUAA